CCCUCGGCUGCGGCUGCAGCGCUGUUUUCUGCGUCUCUUUUCUCUCAGAGUUUGAAAGUUUCCUGCGGAGGGAGUCGAGCCGGAGACCGGAGUCAGAGCCACGGCGGAGCCGCAUCAGGAGGAAUGGGCUGCGGUCACAGCAAGAGGAAAAGUAAAGGAAAGAAGGGCGAGAAAACUCAGAACGGCGGCAGCCGCAGAGAUGGAGGAACCCGGAGAGACAUCUGCCUGGAGAAGCAGCUGGAGCGUUUUGAGUGGCAGCUGCAGAUUCUGAAGCAGGUGCUGUCGGCCAAUGGGAGCGCGGCGAGGGCGGAGCUUCUGAAGCAGCACACGGAGGAGGAAGUGUGUGUCCUGGUGCUGAGCAUCCUGGACAAGGUGAGGACGGAGACGACGGCGGAUCUGAACGUCCGACAUGAGCAGAAGAGCAAAGCUGCGGGGGAGGAACACGAGCGGCUCGUCGGAGAUGUGCGUCGGAAAUACGAGCGGGAGAAACUCCAGCUGACGGAAACGUUUCAGGCGACUCAAGGUGUCCUGCAGAGGAGGGCGGAUGUUCUGGCUGCGGAGCUGCAGGUUUACAACGAGCUGAAGAGACGAGUCCAAGAAUCCACGUUCAAGAGAGACCUGCAGAGGAACGUGCAGGAACACGGCAGCCCAGGUGCAUUCUGGGAGUCGGAGCAGGAGUCGCUGCUGUUCGUCAUCGAAAUGAAGACUGAGCGCGUGCAGGAGCAGAGCAGGAAGCUGCAGCAGAUGGACCAGCUGGUGGAGAAGAAUCUUUCUCUGGAGGACCAGAUCGUCCACGUCCUGCAGCAGAACGAGGACCUGACGGUCCGGAUGGACAACUGCCAGACGCUCGUUCAGCAGCUGUCCCGGGAGCAGCAGGACCUGAAGGCGGCGCUGGACCGGCAGGUGGUCCUGAACCAGAACCUGUCCCAGGAGAAGGAGCAGCUGAUGUUCAAGCUGCGGCACCGGGACUCGUGUCCCAGCAUGCACCUGCCCGCCAGGAUGCAGGAGAUCGCGCCCAGAUGACCCCGACCGCCCCGGUCCCGGAGCCGGACCCGGAACCUCCUGGUCCGGGUCUCUGCCGGGCCCGGGAGCCCCGCGGCGCCGUGACGGUUCCCGUGUUUGUGGAACCGAGGAAAUGGACGUUUUUGAUUUUUAAUGGAUGCCUUGGUUGUGGGCGUGGCCACGCCUCCGGGGGCGGGGCCUCCAGCCGGGACCACGAGCCUUAACCGCGUCCUGGUCUGGACCGACCCGGAGGUUCUGGACGUCUGGGCGUCUUCCCGCGGUGCCUUGAGGUCAGAAUCAUGACCCCCACGGCACUGCCAAGGCUCCUCCCCCUCACUCCCUGUGGGCGGGGCCUCCACAAGUCCUGUAACCAUAGCAACUGUAAAGAGCACCAGCAGUGUUAGUGUUUGACCCGUCGGUGUUAGCGAGCGUCUGACCAGCCGUUAGUGUCCUGUUCUCGGCCUUGUUAUGGGCUUUUUUUUUUGGUUAAAGUUUGCCGUCGCGGUUCGAUCAGGGUCAGAACCACAAUCACGUAACGUGCCGCGUUGAGCCUGUUUUGAUUUUUAUGUGGAGUUUUGUUGCCAAAAACCAGAAAUGUCGGCGCUCUGUCGUUAUGCACCAGCACUUUGGGCCGCGGCUAACGUUUUGGCUUUAUUGAAUAAAAAAAAUGUAAAACAA